AUGAAUCUUGUGAAAAUAUUAGUAAUGCUUUGCUGUUUAAACAAUGAUGCAUGUGCAGAGCAAGACUCUUCUAACAUUUUUCAUUUAGGUGGAAACUCCAUAAUCAAGUGCAACAUAGCAGAGGGAUUUAAUGGCCACGCCUCUCUAUGGCCAGUAAUAGCAAAAAACCUCCAGCGGCCAGGAAAUGUUAUUUCGUACGUUGUUCUGGUGCAUGUCAUAAACAUGCCUGAAGUCCAAAUGGCCAGCACCAAAGCCGACUAUGGGGGAAUAGCUAGUAUAAACUUUAAUUCAAGCGGGCAGGACGGGAAAGACAUAGGCAUACUUCUGGAAAUGGAUAUCUCUAAUGCUGCAGAAGAGCAAACCAGCCUAUAUGUAAAUGAGAUUGUUUCAAAUGACCACAUAGGAGCACAGCACGGCCUGCGGCUGUUUGCUGUUGCAAUUCAAAAAGGAAUUCCUGAAGACAAUACGAAAUAA